AUGGGUGUGGCUGAUCUGACUGAAGCCCAGGGGGACGGGAUUGCCUGUUACGAGUACUAUGCUUCCAAUCUACAUCGAUUACCUGACCUCUUUUCCGACGUACUCCAGAUAGACACUUCUACUAAACCCACAUGGCUACGGAACCUACCCCGACUUUGGAGCGCAACUGAAGCUUUUUACGACACAGUUUGGGCCACACAACACGACCUCAGACUCGGCGGACUUAUUCAGGGAACAACGAUGACCGUCGUAGGUUGGACGACCGAUCCCACCAGUCUCCAUACUGACUUUGUCAAAAAAUUCCGCAAUGCCCUUUCCUCCAGCCAACCCCUUGGCCCCACGCUAAAGUUGUGGUUUCAAAACGCGUCCGACAUACUGGAAAACCCGCUUCCAGACGAUGGCGACAGUCGCAAGACUAAUCGUGGGGGAAGUCGUUCCCUAGUCGAAAAAAGCAUAAUUGCCAAUGACCCAAUUACGCACGCCGUCUGGCAACUUAUUAAUGCAGUCAUUAGAUACGAUACGAAACAUCGCCGUGAUGAGAGUGUCCAGUAUGCUUUUCAGUAUUAUUCCAAACGUCGAUGGGAAGAGGAUGAUAAGGAGAAGGAGAGUGACGACGUGGAUGGUGCCGCAGCGUCAGCUUCCUACGAACUGCAUGAAGUCGAGGAAAAGUCGUUCAGAGUCCACGUAACUAACGGGGGCAAACGUCUCAAAAUAGCAAUUCCAAAAAUGAACUGGGACGACAACCCCGCUAGAGCAACUAAUCAGAUUACAAGACCCAUUGCCACAAACACAAUAAUUGACAAUUCGCAGUUUUCCCACGACCAAGUUGCCGUCACAAAAGCCAUACUUGACUCGAAGCCAAAGGUCGACGUUAUUCCGUUCCUAAAUGAAACUACUCCGACCAUGACUCCACUAACCGACCAUGAGGAAAUUGAAACCCUCCUGGGCGCAUCCAUAAGCUUCCCCCUAUCCGCACCUAUACACAACACAGCCACCGCAUCCUACAUAUCCAUGUUACGCCAACUACCCAAUAUACCUCGAUUUGAACGCGGUCGCAUGGUCAUUCGUGAUCAACAGACUGGUCAGCGAAUAUUGAUUAAAAGGACUCCCCAUGAUCUUCGCCACAAAAACAAGAAAAUCAAGAGAACAAAAUACCGUCAACUUUUGGACCCUUUUCUCAGGACUGGGUCUGACCUGCCCCAACACAACAGUCGCCCCAUCCAGGUGAUCACCGUAGAUUCUAGCACCUUACAAGGCGCCUCUUCCUUCUCCUCAGCCAGAGCACAGGAAACCUUAACAAUUGUAUCUCUCCCCCAAUCAUCAGCACAGAGCAUACGGGCAGUCACCUCGCCGACCAUCGAAGAGAUCCCAACCCUUCCACAACUACCUGAAAUUACUCCCCAUAACGUUCCCCAAGUUGAGGGCCCACAGCUCAUUUCAAAUGCUCUUCAAGGUCCCCUACUGUCCAUUGCUCCUGUUUCCCAGCCCACACCCCCGGCACCCGCCACGCCCCCACCGUCACAGCCCCUCGCAGCGCUCCCGCUACCCCCCACACCACACACUUCCUCCAUCCCGACCCCACUUCCAACAACGUCGAUACCACACGUUCCCACACCGACCCCCUUCCAUCACCCGACAAAACCACUACCAGAAUUCGAGAUUCCUCUUUCCAUGCCCACCCCCCUGAAUACCACUCCUUACACCCCUUCCAUCCCACUCGCCACAUUACGAACCAUUUGGGGGGAAGUACCAAGUGUGACUUAUGCCGCAUACGAGUGUUUACUAAUACUAAUAGACCACCUAAAUGCACUCGGCCUUCUGAACAUACAGCUUAGCGUGUUUCACGCCACAGCAUCUGUAAGCCUCUUGGUCAUAGGAUGGGAGGCUACCCUGUCCCCCAUUACUCUGGAAAUUCUUAACCGGAAAAACAUUACAGCUCGAGAGCAUACUCCUAACAUAGACGCAAUGUUUCUCUAUGGCUAUUCUAAAGGUAAUCCACCAUUCUCCCUGUUUGGACCAGUAGGUCAACCUGAUUGGUUUAUAACUCAACUGGAAGCUACAGAAAAGCCCGUGACCAAGAACAUCACCAAUAUUCCCGUCUAUGUACUAGGAUGUUACCUUUUUUCUGACACAGAGGCCUUGUCCUUACUACAGAUGCAUGCCUUUCGCUCCCGCAAUAUGUUAGAUGAACCAUACGUAUUUCCCGACGGGAAAGGUGGCGCAACCCUUAACGUUAGCGAAGGAUCCGUCACGUAG